CGGAGCGGCCGGUCCCCGCAGCCCCGGGCAGGCGGCGCGGUGCGGUGAGGGACCCCGGCUCGCCGCGUCCCCGCGGGGUCCGGCGCCGCCGCCGAGCCCAAGUAUCGCGGGAGCCGGGCGCUGCCCGCGCCGCCGCAGCCAUUGGGCGGCGCGCCGGAGGGGGGGCGGCGGCUGACGUGCGCCCACCGACCCGACCCGACCCGACCCGGCGCGGCAGCGGAGCGGCGCGGGGAGCAGCGACCUGGGGGCGGCCGCUUCGCCUCGCCUCGCCUCGCCUCGCCUCGCCGGCCAUGAGGAGGAGGAGGGCGGCGGCGCCGCGCUGUGCCCCGGGCGGGCGGCGGCGCUGCUGAGCGGCGCUCGGGGCUCGCGUCCCGCGCAGGCACUCAAAGUUAUCCUGCAGCUCAGUGUUAAGACUGUGCUUUGGAAACAAGAUGGGAAGUAGAAUGCCCUGCCUUGAGAUGACAUGCACUUUAUAAUGGGGGAUGCUUAUCUUUACUUCUGUGUUGGAUUUUAACCGUGGGAGUUCAAUGCAUCUCAGCAAUUGCUGUCUUUCCUCAGCACUUUAGCUAGAAACGAAGUAAAGCAAUGAGGAGAUUUCUUUACUGCAAGGUGGUUCUAGCCACUUCUCUCAUGUGGGUGCUUGUGGACGUCUUUUUACUCCUGUACUUCAGUGAAUGUAAUAAAUGUGAUGACAAGAAAGAGAGGUCUCUGCUGCCGGCACUAAGGGCUGUCAUUUCUCGAAAUCAAGAAGGGCCUGGAGAGAUGGGCAAGGCUGUUCUCAUUCCUAAAGACGACCAGGAGAAAAUGAAAGAGCUGUUUAAAAUCAACCAGUUUAACCUUAUGGCCAGUGACCUGAUUGCACUUAACAGGAGCUUGCCCGACGUGCGCCUGGAAGGCUGUAAGACCAAGGUCUACGCUGACGAGCUCCCCAACACGAGCGUAGUCAUCGUGUUCCACAACGAAGCCUGGAGCACCUUGCUUCGGACCGUGUACAGCGUCAUUAACCGGUCACCGCAUCACCUGCUGGCCGAGAUCAUCCUGGUCGACGAUGCCAGUGAAAGAGAUUUUUUGAAGACCUCACUAGAGAACUAUGUGAAAAAUUUGGAAGUGUCGAUAAAAAUCAUCCGGAUGGAGCAGAGGUCGGGACUGAUCCGUGCUCGGCUCAGAGGCGCCGCAGCGUCCAAAGGCCAGGUCAUAACCUUCCUCGACGCGCACUGCGAAUGCACGGUGGGCUGGCUGGAGCCCCUCCUGGCCAGGAUAAAGGAGGACAGGAAAACUGUUGUCUGCCCAAUCAUUGACGUGAUCAGCGAUGACACGUUUGAAUACAUGGCUGGGUCCGAUAUGACUUAUGGAGGGUUUAACUGGAAACUUAAUUUUCGCUGGUAUCCAGUCCCCCAGAGAGAGAUGGACAGAAGGAAAGGGGACCGGACCUUGCCUGUGAGGACCCCUACUAUGGCUGGUGGCCUAUUUUCUAUUGACAGAAACUACUUUGAAGAGAUAGGAACUUACGAUGCAGGAAUGGAUAUCUGGGGUGGCGAGAAUCUUGAAAUGUCUUUUAGGAUUUGGCAGUGUGGCGGCUCCCUUGAGAUUGUGACGUGCUCGCACGUUGGCCAUGUAUUUCGUAAGGCAACACCGUACACUUUCCCUGGCGGCACAGGACACGUCAUCAAUAAGAACAACAGGAGACUGGCAGAGGUCUGGAUGGAUGAGUUUAAAGACUUCUUCUAUAUAAUAUCCCCAGGUGUUGUUAAAGUGGAUUAUGGUGAUGUGUCAGUGAGAAAAGCACUGAGAGAGACUCUGAAGUGCAAACCCUUCUCGUGGUACCUAGAAAACAUCUAUCCGGACUCCCAGAUUCCGAGACGCUAUUACUCACUCGGUGAGAUCAGAAAUGUUGAAACCAAUCAGUGUUUAGACAACAUGGGCCGCAAGGAAAAUGAAAAAGUGGGCAUUUUCAACUGCCAUGGCAUGGGAGGAAAUCAGGUGUUUUCUUACACUGCCGACAAAGAGAUCCGCACGGAUGAUUUGUGCCUGGAUGUUUCCAGACUCAACGGCCCCGUGGUCAUGCUGAAGUGCCACCACAUGCGAGGGAACCAGCUCUGGGAGUACGACGCCGAGAGGCUGACCCUGAGGCACGUCAACAGCAACCAGUGCCUGGACGAGCCGUCCGAGGAGGACAGGAUGGUGCCCACCAUGAAGGACUGCAGCGAAAGCCGGUCCCAGCAGUGGCUCUUGCGCAACAUGACCUUGGGCGCCUGAAGCCGGGAGACCCACCGCCCUCGGCCGGGCCCGGGGCCCAGGUGCUCCCCGCUCGCCGGCCGGCUCACGCCGAGGACGUCCCGCGUCCUUCCCUCGCGGCGGGCACAGAGGCGCUGAAGCCCUUUGAGAUCCCACCGGCAGAACAAAGUCCUCGGGGUGUUUCCCCGUUCCGGCGUCUUUCCGUGUGCCCCUUUGAAAUCUGUGUCUGCCCAAAAGAAGCACAUCCGAAUCCAUAAAUAGCAUAAUGUGUGCUACUGCCAGCGCAAACGCUCUCAAAAAGUGUUUCCAGAGAAACCUUUAUGAACCUGCUGUCAAAGAGCUCGGAGGGAGGGUGUUUUGCGGGUAUGUCACACGAUCCUGCCCAACAGCGACAUGAUAUAAAAUGCCUUAUGCAACUACCUGGUGCGGGGAAGGAGCCUGGCAGCCGUUUUGUAAACUCGGUGUGUUUGUACCGGCCCUCCUCGGCAGCGCCGCGAGAGUAUUUGCUCUUCCCCUGUGUCGGGUGGGACUCGGUGAAGCGCUAAAUUGAAAGCGUUUCGGAGCUGCAGAGUCGCUGCACGUAGUGAAUGUUUCUUGUUCAGCGCCAGGGAAAAAAGGACUGUCUCUCCUUAGAAGAUGCUUGGGAAAGCAGCAAAAUUGAGCCAAGAAAAUGCAUUAAGAAACUGAAAUUAAACAGCAGCAAAAGACCCUGGGACAAUACUCAGAAGCAGGCGUGCCGUGCAGAGGUGGCUCGGACUAGAGCAACUUGCAGCGGCCCGUGUGGUGGCGGGUGGCCCGCGGGGCUGAGAGCCAGACUCAGCUUGAGCUGUAGCUACUACCUAUAGGCAUUAAAAUGUAUUUGCAUACUGUAUAAAACGUAUAAAAGCAUUCAUCCAUGGCUUCUCUAAGCACAGAGGAUAAAGUUAUGGAUCACAGUUCUAGCUCUGGAUGUCCUUGCUUUGAUAGCUGUGGCAGAUGCUUAUUUAUAUUUUUUAAUAAUUUUGUGACGUAAUUAAUUUGUUUUGUUAACAUGGUUAUUAAAAAUGCGCUGGUGACACUCGGGAGUGGCAGAGGCUUCAGAGGAGCUAAUGCCAUAUCAGCCAACGGGGGAGUUUGGAAAAGUGUCCUACACCUAUUCAGGACGUUUCUGGGAGGUGAUCCCGGCCGUGUGUAAUGGACCUGUUAUGAAACGCUUUGACCGGGUUUUGUGCCGUGGUCUUUACGCUCCGCGUCUGUGCGAGGUUGCUGCCUGCAGCGCGGGGUGGCCCGAGCCCGCCGUGGGCUGGGCAGCAGCUCCCGUCCCCUUUUCCCACCCGCGAUGCCGCGGAGCAUCUUUGUGCAUUGGGUUGCCUGUGGGGCGUGAGACUGCCAGUACUUCUGUUUACUGCUCUGGUUAACAUGGAUUAAUGGUCCCAUGUUUGUACAUGCUAUGAAUUCAUAGAUCGUCUGUACUUUUGGGAUACGCACCAUUAAAUGAAAAUCAGAAGCGUAUGAAAUUUGAAAAGUGAUUGCGAUACGUGCAUGGGAGCUGUAGUAUCACAGAGUAAUUCAGAUUGGAAGGUCACCUAGGCCAACCUCCCUGCCCAAGGUGGGGCCAAACACGUCUGAUCCUCAUCUUAAAAUCCCCACAAAAAUACACAAUAUAGCUUUAAAGCUAGCAAACAGAAGGCGGCUGUAAUUUUGCUGCAUAGGAAGAGCAAGAAAACAUCACAAAACAAAUUUAGACACCAAUCUUCAUGCAGAAAGUUUUUUUUAAAGUGUUUCUUCAUCUCCUCUCAGAGGGAUGUUUGCACAUACACAGCCAUUCGUGCUGGCAGAUCAUUUUUUGGCACUUGCCUUUGAGCGUCAUUGCAGAAAUAAAACUUGUGGAAGCUCCUACAACAUCUAAGAGUAUUUACCAACAGUCGAAACGUGCAGUCGGUGGUGUGAUCCAUUUUGGUCACCUCCAGUAUAUCUUAUGUAAAAUUUCUAGCUGCUUAUCAUAAAACCUGCAUCAUCUUACACUGCUGUUUUUGGAACACAAGUUGUUGUUGAUACAUCACUGGACGGGAAUGCCCAAGGGCCGUCGGUGCGUAACUGUCUGGGCUUGCAGUGGAGUCUCAAAAACAGGUGAAGAAAAGGAUGUUUCUGUCCUUAAAAUUACUAGGAAGGUUAGUAUCUUAUAAAGCAUAUAUUGCCUUGACUAUGGUAAGUUUGGAGUGUUGUGCUCUUCGAGCGUGGUCAGAGUAUCCUUGUAUCAGUGGUUACGCUGCUAUAUCACCGAUCAGGAAAAGGAAUGAAGUGAAAUAACACCCAUUUGUUUUAUUUUACCUAUUUAUGAGUUAAGUACAUGCUGUCCUCACAGUUAGAAAAAAAUACAUUGUUGGCGGUCUGGUGUGUGCUCUCGGAGUGGCCUGGCAUUGAGAACCUGCGCUCAGACCUGCAGAAGGACACGCUUCGAUUCAGUCCCGGUGAGUAAUGCAUUGGCUUCAAGGAACCGAACCCUGAAUUUACUCCCUGUGAAGAAGAAUAUAGGAAUACAAUGAAUCAUUACAGAAAAACCUUAUGUAAAGCAGCACGUAUGCAGAGUGAGUGAUAGUCUUGAGGUGUUGCAAGGGCACCUUAAGUGCUAGUAGGAUGUCAAAGCUCAUCGAUCACGUGGUUUCGUGAAUAAGUGUUGGUUCAUGAGCACUUGGGUUCCUGUCCUGCCUCCUACCACUGCAUCCCUGUGCCGCCUCGGCAUGUCGUUUGGGCUAAAAUCGUUGAACUUGGCUUGCCUGGCUGCCUCUCUUGGUGAGCAUCUGUAGUGCAGCGCCAAUGUGUUAAAGCCAUCAGUCAUAGACCACAUUUGAAAAAUACAGGUCUGUGUCCAUCUCCCUGUCUCUAAAGUGUCUCAGAAAGGCGUUGGGAGGCCUGACUAGUAUUUGUGCAAUGUGUUUAAAAUAUAAAGAACUUUAUAAGUGCUGAAUAAGCUAUUUCUGGUUCUCACGUUGUUUACAAAUUGCUUUGAUGGGGUAAGAGCCAGACGUGUUGGAUGGCGUUAGCGAGGUGAGCGCUCUGGAGAGAAGGGUGCGACCAUAAUCGCUGCAAAAAGUGGUGUUCCUUUGUAUCUCCAUGGGGACGGGAGAAACUAGGUGCACGGUGAGAACUGAGACAGUGAGGCACUUUUAUCAGUCAGUUUGGAAGGUUUCUCUACGGAUACGCAAUUUCCCAGCCACGAGAAGGAUGCACUUGCGUGUCGCACUCCAAGAUGUUGCCGCAGGGCUCCGGGCUCCGCUGCAAGGUGUCCUGGAUGUCCUCGCUUGCAUGCGUGGAAGUACGGAUCAUUUCUGAUCACACGCAGUCGCAUCUUGUGUGGAUGCUGAGCAGUCUUGCCUGAGGCAGGUCUCGUGGGGUACUUGAGUUCAGGACUCUCCAAGAGAUUGUACCAUUUUCACCGUUUCAAACCAACCGGGGAGACGGACGGGACGUGAUGCACGCUGCUUGACGUCACAGGCACGCACGGUGUUUUGCAUUACGUCAACCAGCUGAAAACCGCUAACGCACCAAGCGUUCGUCGGGACAUCGAAACCUCGGGUAGGUGAACAUACGCUGUCACGCGGCUCUGCAGCGGUGGACGAAGACCAGCAGUGUGCGUUAACUAGGUGAUGUGAAUUUUGGUGUCCGUGUUUGUUUUCUGACGAUAACUUAAAUCCAGAUUCAUCGUUCCAGCCAGUUGAUCCUCCCCAUUUUCGUCUCUGGGAGCACGUGUCCAGGACGGCCCGGCAGCGGUGCCGCAUCAAGGCACGUUUGGGAACGGGGUUCGGCUCGGGACCCUCCGGGCAGGGAAAGAGCUGUGCGGAGCAGUGCUUAGCUGGCUCGCUCGCAGCUCGUCCUGAGCAAGUGCUUGAAACACAGAGUUAAAUUAGUUUUAUAAAGUAGAUUGUGGAUAAGGAAUUGCACAUUUUAAAUGUUGUAACAGUUAUUCAAUGGCAUACCGGUACUCUUUGCUGUACAUUUAAAUAUUUAUACAUUUUUGUAGAAUUAAAAUAUACUGGUUUAGUUUUC